AUGACCACCACUACACCAACUGAGGCAAUGCCACACCCCAUCCUCACACCAAUCAUUGGCAAACCUGACCAGAGGAAGCUAUCCCUCCUCAUCUCUCAGGUUCUUGCAAACACCAGAGCUAUCUCCAGUGAGGACGGUGAUGGCAGAUUAGGCCACGCCUACAUCAUUCUUGGCCAAGCAGCCUACACUGCAGCAUCCCAAGGCAACGUUGCAUUCGUCGUCCCGAUCAAACCAGACAAACCCGUACAUGCUGCCAACGCCACCCAAGCACUCAUGUACCGCCACGACCAAACCUACAAAAAUGAACUGGAUGCAUGGAAAUUAUACCACAAAACAGAGGCCCAGAUCCUCCAGCAAAUUUUGGACGCCGUUAACGAUACUUACACAAAGGCCCUCAAAGAUCGCAUGUGGGGAUACGGCAACACCAGCCCAUUUGACAUCAUUACCCAUCUAGUGACCACAUACGGUAAAAUCACAGAGACUGAUCUCCUUGCCAAUCGUGAACUCCUCACCCAGCCUUGGACUCCACCCACAGACAUCGAGGAACUCUUUGAUAAUAUCGACACCUGCAUUGCUUUCUCAGUAGAAGGCGGAGAUGUCAUUAGUGACCGCAACGCUGUCAGCGCCGGAGUAGCCACUCUACACGCCACGGGCCUAUUCAUUCAUCCCAUCCGAGAAUGGCGAACAACGUACACCAGAAAACCGCACCCUCACCCACUGUCAAAGAAUUCUUUCGUGAUGCCGAAAAUGUCCGCCAGACCGAAACAACUGUCAGCGCCCGCAGGCACCACCAACGAGCCAACGCAACUAUCACAGACACCGAAACAGUUACCACCCGGACCUCUACGCUCACCCAUCCACAACUGA